AUGCUCGUCUUGACAGCCCUUCUAGCAGCUUUGCUCGGCGACCUCGCCGUUGUCGCUCAAGACUCUGACUAUGGCUCGUCACCACCAGUCUAUCCGAGCCCUCAAACACAGGGUAUUGGCUGGGAAGCCGCCUUUGCCCGGGCUGAAGCCUUUGUCGCUAACUUGACCCUGGAAGAGAAAGCCCAGCUCGUGACUGGCACUUCGGGCCCUUGUGUUGGCAAUAUAGGUGCCAUCCCUCGCCUCGGGUUCGACGGUCUCUGUCUCCAGGAUGGCCCUUUGGCAAUUCGACAGGCGACCUACGCCUCUGUCUUCCCAGCAGGGCUCACAGCUGCUGCCUCGUGGGACAAAAGCCUAAUGUAUCUGCGAGGCCUUUAUAUGGGUGCCGAGUUUAAAGGUAAAGGCAGUCACAUCGCUCUUGGUCCUGUCGUGGGCCCUCUCGGUCGUACUGCAUAUGGUGGUCGAAACUGGGAAGGCUUCUCUCCCGACCCGUACUUGACGGGCGUUGCAGUAGGGGAGACCAUCACGGGAAUGCAGCAGGGUGGUGUCCAGGCCUGCCUCAAGCACUACAUCGGCAACGAGCAAGAAACCCAACGCAAUCCGAGCCUGUCUCCUGACAAUGUCACGAUCGAGUCAUUCUCCGCGAACAUUGAUGACCGCACAAUGCACGAGUUGUAUCUGUGGCCCUUUGCCAAUGGCGUGAAGGCGGGCGUCUCCUCAAUCAUGUGCUCCUACAACCGACUCAAUGGAUCUUAUGCCUGCCAGAACUCCAAGAGCCAGAAUGGACUGUUGAAGGAAGAACUGGGGUUCCAGGGCUACAUCAUGUCCGAUUGGGGAGGAACGCGUUCCGGUCUCGCUUCGAUCAAUGCAGGAUUGGAUAUGACCAUGCCUGGUAUGCAUUUUUUUUUCAGUGGAGAUUCAACUGCGUCGUUGUUCGGCGGCAACAUAACGACGGCAGUCAACAACGGCUCUCUCAGCGAAACACGGGUAGACGAUAUGAUACUACGUAUCUUGACACCGUACUUCUUCCUCCAGCAGGACGAAUACCCCCCGAUCGACGGCGAGGAGCCGACAUUGAACUCCAGAUUCCCUCCAUACAAGUAUCAGUUCAAUCUCGGCGCAUCCAACGUUGACGUCCGUGAUGGCCACGGUCAGCUCAUUCGCGACCUAGGGUCUGCUGGUACCGUACUCUUGAAGAACGUCGACAACACACUCCCGCUGAAAGCACCGACUUCAAUAGGCGUCUUCGGCAAUGAUGCUGGAGACGUGGUCGAUGGACUAUAUUCCCUUGGGGGAGCAUUCGGGAAUUCAGAUGGUUACGAAUACGGCACCCUCGCCGUCGCCGGAGGAAGCGGCACAGGUCGAUUGUCGUAUCUGGUGUCACCGCUCGAAGCGAUCAAAACCCGCGCCGCCCAAGACGGCACACUAGUGCAAUACGUGCUGAACAACACUCUCCUCUCGCAGCCUUCGACUCUGGCCGGUGUGCUGCCCGUGCCGCAGGUGUGUCUGGUGUUUCUCAAAACAUGGGCGUCGGAAGGCGCCGACCGCGCCGGGCUCGAAGCAGACUGGAACAGCACGGCAGUCGUCACGUCGGUCGCAUCGUACUGCAACAACACUGUGGUCGUCACGCACUCGGCGGGGAUCAACGUGCUACCGUGGGCGGACCACCCGAACGUGACGGCGAUUCUGGCCGCGCACCUCCCCGGUCAGGAGUCAGGCAAUUCGAUAGUCGACAUCCUGUACGGGGUGGUCAACCCGAGCGGGAAACUUCCCUACACCAUCGCGCACAACGAGAGUGACUACGACUUUGCGCCCCUCCUGAAUUCCACUGCGCUCCUCGAAACAGAGGACCCGAACGCAUGGCAGUGGAACUUCACCGAGGGCCUGCUGAUCGACUACCGCCACUUCGACUACGAGAACCAGUCUGUCGCGUUCGAGUUUGGCUUUGGCCUCUCGUACACGACGUUCAGUAUGUCCGGGAUAGCCGUACAGCAACAGGGCGCCAGUGGAGCAGGAGGCGGAGGCGGUCCCUACAGCAGCAACAACAACACCACCGUCAUCGGUGCAACUCCUCCACCUCCACCGUCCCCAGGUAAGGUUCCGCCAGGAGGAAACCCGGCGCUCUGGGAGACGCUGUACACCGUCACCGUCACCGUCACGAACACGGGCGGCGUGGCCGGCGCCGCGGUGCCGCAGCUGUACGUGUCGCUCCCGCAGGUGCCGGACGCCGAGGGUCAUCCUACCCCCGUCAACGUUCUUCGCGGGUUCGAGAAGGUCCUGCUGCAGCCGGGGGAAUCCCAGACUGUCGAGUUCGAUCUGGCUCGUCGCGACCUGAGUUAUUGGGACACCAACACUCAACAGUGGACCAUUCCGGAGGGAAGUAUUGGGUUGAAUGCCGGGUUCAGUAGUCGUGACUUCAGACAAAGGACUCAGGUGAAUGUGGUUUCAGGUUGGUGA